CGUCACGGCGCGAGCGUCAGCUGACUGUUCCGUCGCUACCGCCUCUGCCGCCGAGACCCGGCCGGGCUGCUGUCGCUGUCGCUGUCGCCGCCGCCGCCGCCGCCGCUAUGGCUCAAUACAAGGGCGCCGCGAGCGAGGCCGGCCGCGCCAUGCACCUGAUGAAGAAAAGGGAGAAGCAGCGCGAGCAGAUGGAGCAGAUGAAGCAGCGCAUCGCGGAGGAGAACAUCAUGAAAUCCAACAUUGACAAGAAGUUCUCUGCGCACUACGACGCAGUGGAGGCAGAGCUCAAGUCCAGCACCGUGGGUCUCGUGACCCUGAACGACAUGAAGGCCAAGCAGGAGGCGCUGGUGAAGGAGCGGGAGAAGCAGCUGGCCAAGAAGGAGCAGUCCAAGGAGCUGCAGCUGAAGCUGGAGAAGCUGCGAGAGAAAGAGCGAAAGAAGGAGGCCAAGCGGAAGAUCUCCAGCCUGUCCUUCACCCUGGAGGAGGAAGAAGAGGGGGGCGAGGAGGAGGAGGAGGUGGCCAUGUAUGAGGAGGAGCUGGAAAGGGAAGAGAUCACCACAAAGAAGAGAAAACUGGGGAAGAACCCAGAUGUGGACACAAGCUUUUUGCCUGAUCGAGACCGUGAGGAGGAGGAGAAUCGGCUUCGGGAAGAGCUGCGGCAGGAGUGGGAAGCCAAGCAGGAGAAGAUCAAGAGCGAGGAGAUCGAGAUCACCUUCAGCUACUGGGACGGCUCUGGGCACCGGCGGACAGUCAAGAUGAGAAAGGGCAAUACCGUGCAGCAGUUCCUGCAGAAGGCACUGGAGAUCCUCCGGAAAGACUUCAGCGAGCUGAGGUCCGCAGGGGUGGAGCAGCUCAUGUACAUCAAGGAGGACUUGAUCAUUCCACAUCAUCACAGCUUCUACGACUUCAUCGUCACCAAGGCACGGGGGAAGAGUGGGCCGCUCUUCAACUUUGACGUUCACGAUGACGUUCGGUUGCUCAGUGAUGCCACCGUAGAGAAGGAUGAGUCGCAUGCAGGCAAGGUGGUGCUGAGGAGCUGGUAUGAGAAGAACAAGCACAUCUUCCCUGCCAGCCGCUGGGAGCCCUAUGACCCCGAGAAGAAGUGGGACAAGUACACGAUCCGCUGAGUGUCUGGGAGGCUAUGUGGCCUCAGCUCUUCAGCUCCCUCAGUGUGCCCCGCGACGUCCCAGGACCCCAGGCACCCGCUCCCCUGCUACCAUGCCAGGCACACUGGGAGGAGGACGUCAGUGACUGCUUUAUUCUUUUACAAUAAAGAAGUGCACAUGUCAGAGCUGGAGCACCUGCAGUGUGAGAAACCGCACUUUGUUUCAAA